AUGCUUAUGAAAAUUUUGUUUUGCGUCAUUUCAUUGGUCGCUGUAAUUGAGGCCACAAAAUGUUACUUCUGCAAUGACGAUAGUAGGUAUGGCAAUUGCGAAGGUAUAGGUUGGCGAAUCAUGGAUAAAUGUCGUUUUGGCUGUGUCACGUAUGAGGCUAAAAUUCAAAAUAAAUAUAAGAACUCAUUGGCCGAAGAAUUUUUUGGAAGGUACAGAAGAGGUUGCAAUGAUCAAAAAGGAUGUGACAAAAUUAAAAAAGAUUUAUAUGAUGCUUGGGAUGACAGGGUUGAAGUAUUCCAUUGUGAGGAGUGUAAUGAGGACUAUUGCAAUAAUAGAGCUAAUCAUCCAGGAAUUACUCUCAGCGGUCCUUGGGUGCCUGAUUAUUAG